AAGAUGUUUUCCAGAAGAGUCCUAGGAUUGACACCAAGAUUAACGAGAGGAUUGGCCACGCCAGCGAACAACCACCACAAGAUUCUGAUUGUUGGUGGUGGUACAGCAGGUGUUACUGCAGCUGCACAGAUACAAAACAAGUUCAGAGACGAGAACAAGAGCCUUGGCGCUGGCGAUAUUGCCAUUGUAGACGCUAGCAAGGAGCACCACUAUCAACCAGGAUGGACACUUAUUGGUUCAGGUUUGGGCAAGAAGGAAGAUUUCGUCAGACCAGAAAGCAGCAUCAUUCCAAAGGAUGUCGCACACAUUCCAGCAUUCGUACAAUCUUUCUCACCAGCAAGCAACACAGUUACUACCGCAACCGGUGAAACCCUCACCUACGACUUCUUGAUCGUUGUAGCUGGUUUGAAGAUAAACUUUGCAGGCAUUAAGGGAUUAGAAGGUGCAUUAGAGGAUCAAGGCUCAGGUGUCAGCUCUAUUUACAACCCAGAUUACGCUCAGAAAGCUUGGAGGGACAUCGAGGCUUUCAAAUCAGGAAAGGCGAUCUUCACACAACCAGCUGGUGUUAUCAAAUGUGCAGGUGCACCACAAAAAGUAAUGUGGAUGGCAAACUCACAAUGGAACAGAAGCGGUACCCGUAACGAUAUUGAUCUCACAUUCGCUACCGGUACACCAGCUAUGUUUGCAGUACCAAAAUAUUCACAAGCGCUUGAGAAAUUACGCCUUGAACGUAACGUCAAUGGAUUAUUUAACUCAAACUUGACAGAAAUUGAUACCGCUAACAAGAUCGCAAAGUUCGCACAACCAGAAGGUAAGACAGUCGAGAAGGAAUACAAUCUCCUCCACGUCGUCCCACCUCAAGGACCAUUAGACUUCUACAAGAACUCACCAUUGGCUGACGAGUCUGGCUUUGUUUCAGUCGACAAGUCUACAACUCAACACACAAAGUACAACAACGUUUUCUCAAUUGGUGACUGCUCUUCACUUCCAAACUCAAAGACUGCUGCUGCUAUUACAGCUCAAUCUCCAGUUUUAGUACACAACCUCAGAAAUGAAAUGGAAGGUAAGUCACUCAACGCCGCUUACGAUGGUUACGCGUCAUGUCCUCUCCUUACUGGCCAUGGUGAACUUCUUCUUGCUGAAUUCAAAUACGGUGGUAUACCAAAGGAAACAUUCGCCCCUAUUCUUGGUUCACAAGAUAAGCCAAACAGAUUCUACUACCACCUUAAGAAGGAUAUAUUCCCACCUGUCUACUGGAACUACUUUGUUAAAGGUAACUGGUUCGGUACACGUGGACCAAUUGCACCAAACUUUGAUUAAGAAAUAGGAUACUCAGCUUUUUAAUCAAAAUUAAUCACAUACCAAGUGCAUUCGUUAGGUGUUUUUUCAAAAAAAAAAGUCUUGUAAAUUUUCGAUCAAAAAUUGUUACAUUCU